AUGGGAUUGCAUAUGCUUUUGCUGCAAGCCCACUUCUUUCUAGCAGUGCUGCCUAUUUUUGUCUCAAAAUCAGUUUCUACACAAAAUAAUUUCCCAAUAGCUAAGCCCAACUGCACUGAUUAUUGUGGAGAUGCAAGUAUUCCCUUCCCUUUCGGCACAAGGGAAGGUUGUUACCUUAGUGAAACAUUCUUAGUCACUUGUAAUGACACUCACUAUCAUCCUCCUAAACCAUUCUUGACAAACUCAAACAUAGAAAUCAAAAACAUAUCCCUGGAGGGUCAAUUGACUGUGUUGCAAUUCAUAGCGAAAGCCUGUUAUGCUAGGAAUGGCACCAUAGUACACUCUAAUGAACCCUAUAUAACCUUCGAAGAAUUCACAGUCAAUAAUACAGCCAAUAAGUUCACUGUUGUUGGUUGUGAUACUUAUGCUUUUGUAUACGGGGAAUGGAUUAACCAGAAUUAUUACGAGACAGGGUGCACUUCCCGGUGUUUCAGCAAGGAAAAUCUGGAUGACGGGUCAUGUUCCGGUGUAGGCUGUUGCCAGACGUCUAUCCCAAAAGGGGUUAGCCAAGUUAAUUUGACGUUGAACAGCUAUGAUAAUUUCACAAAGAGCUAUGAUGAUAAUCACUCCACUGUUUGGGACUUCAAUAAUUGCAGCUAUGCAUUUCUUGCUGAGAAAAGUGCAUUCACUUUUUCUCCAAAUAAACUUUCAAGUCUGAUGAAUGUAGAGAUGCUUCCCAUGGUGGUUGACUGGGCAAUUGACGGAGGAACAUGUGAGGAAUCUCAGAAGGACAUGUCUAGUUAUGCAUGUAAAAGCACGAAUUCCAAUUGUAAUGAAACUGAUAAUGGGUAUCGUUGUUAUUGUUCAGAGGGUUAUGAAGGAAAUCCAUACCUCAGUGACAAUGAUGGUUGUAAAGAUAUUGAUGAAUGUAAAAAUUCAAGUCUCAACAAAUGUGAAAAGGACCGAUAUUGUCAAAACGAAGAAGGGACUUUUAGGUGUGUUUGCCCGAAAGGUUACCAUGGAGAUGGGAGGGCAUUAAGCUACGACAGACCAGUAGAGGAGAGAAGUUUAGCCAACUAUUUCCUUUCAGCACUAAAGCAAAGCUGCUUAUUCCAAGUUCUUGAUGAUAAUAUUGUAUGUGAAGGAAACAGUGAGGAGUUAACAUCUGUUGCUAUGCUUGCGAAAAUGUGCUUACAUGUUAAAGGAGAGGAUAGACCUAGCAUGAUGGAAGUAGCUAAAGAACUUGAAAGUCUGAGAUCAGAAGGAAAACACUCGUGGAACCAAACAGAACCCAAUGAAGAAGAGUCGGAAUCCCUGCUUUCUGGGAAAAUGAAAGCCUUUGCAAUUGAAAAUGGGGAUGAUAGUAGUAGCAAAGCUAUUGGAUAUGAUAGCAUCAGGGAUCAUAUUAUUUUACCUAUGGGUGGGGCAAAGGAUGAACCGGGAUUACCAGACGGUGCGCUGUCAUGUGUGACAACAAGAAAGAUUUGGCUGGCGGUUUGUUUUCUGGUUAAGGCUGUUGCCGGACGACUAUCCAAGGAAGAGGUAUGGAGAGUGAAUGUGACAUUAAAAAGCAAUGAAAAUCACACAAAUGUGAGGGAAUUCAAUAGUUGCACCUAUGUUUUUCAUUCCGAGGAGAGUGAAUUCACUUUCCCUCUGAGCAUUCUUUCUAGCAUGAGGAAUGUAGAGAAGCUUCCUAUGGUGGUUGAUUUGUCAAUUGGGAAUGGAACGUGUAGGAGACGGGAUACGAAGAAACUGGCCAAAAAUUUGGCAAGCUUACAGAGCAUGCCAGCACACCCACACCAGCAAUCUGCCUUGCAGGGAAACUGUGCCUGA